AUGUCGAGCGAAGAGCACUUCAAUUUUCGGGAGAUCGUCUCCCUAAACAUCAAGGCGUUGCAUAUUUUCGGCUAUUUCAGGCCCGACACCGACUCGAAACUUCAAAGAAUGUUGUACGAAAUUUAUUCGAUUUUCGCCGUCGGUUUGCUGUUAUUCGUGCUCACCCUAAGCGAAGUUGCAAACAUGUACGUCAUUUUCGGCGACUUCGAACAGAUGAUCGCCGACUCUUUUCUGAGUAUGUCGCACUGGAUACACUACGUCAAGUUGUACGUUCUUCGUGGACGUGGCGAUGUGAUCUGGAAGUUGAUACACGACAUCGAAAGACGGGAGUAUCUGCCCAAAAGCCCCACUCAGUUGCGGAUACUCGAAACGAAUGUCAGGAACUCCAAAAUUAUCUUCAAGACUUUCUUUUCUAUGUGCAUUAUGUGUGGCAUUUGUUUUACUUUGAUUCCGUUUCUUGGAGCCGGACCGGGGGACGUGGGCAAAAAGAAAUUGCCUUAUGGUGGAUGGUAUCCAGAGUCUUAUUUUGUGGCCUCUUACAUUUAUCAGAUUUUUGCUUCUCCUCUAACUGGAUUGGGAAACAUAAGUAUUGAUACUUUUAUUACCAGUAUGAUAAUGGUAGCAUCAAGUCAACUGGAGAUGCUUAAUGACUCAGUUAAGAACCUAAAACAAUUUGCCAUGGAGAAAGCUGCUAAAAAUGGUAGGAAUUUGGAAGAAGAAAUGAAUUUAUGUUUGAUAGAAUGCGUCAAACAGCAUCAGUAUAUUUUAGAUUACACCAAGACAUUAAAUAAAGUUUUUACCGAAUGCAUAUUUGGACAAUUUCUAUUUAGUGUCAUUAUAAUUUGUUUCACCCUCUUCAAAAUUGCUUUGGUCCCCAUUACAGAUGUCCAAUUCUUGACCCUAAUUUUAUAUUUAAUGUGCAUGUUACUGGAAAUAUUCUUGUGGUGUUAUUAUGGCAAUGAAAUUAUAAUACACAGCAACGAAUUAACGAAUUCUGCAUAUUUUACCCAUUGGGCUGGUUGCUCAAAAAGAUUUGGCAAGAAUCUCGUUUAUUUCAUGACACGAUCUCAACUCACACUGAAAAUGUUUGCCGGCGGGUUUUUCACACUCUCGCUGCAAACUUUUGUGACUAUCUUGAGGAGCUCUUGGUCUUAUUUUGCCGUGCUUAACCACAUGAACAUCGUUAAAGAAGAGAUGGGACCUUUAAUGUAA